AUGGCUAAACUUGAGGAGGAUACAGCAAGUAAUUACGAUGAUGAGUUCGAAGAAGGAGAAGAGAUCGAUGACUAUGAAGAAAAAGAAGAUUACGCCGAGGAUGAUGAAGAGUAUCUAGAGGAUGAACCAAGUAAGAAAGGGAACAGUAAGAGGAAAGCUCCUUCUAGAGUCUCGUCCAGUGACAACAAACGAUUACGUGGAAGCACAUCUGCAUCUGAAUCAUCGGUAUCCACAAUAGCUGAUCGAGUAAUAACUGAAGAAGGUGAUGAUGAUGACGCAGAGGAUGAUGAUGAUGAUGAUGAUGAUGAUGAUGAUGAUGAUGAUAAUGAUGAUGCAGAGGAUGAAGUGGAUGAAGUGGAUGAAGUGGAUGAAGUGGAUGACGAGGAUGACGAUGAAAUUAUUCGUAGUUCGAACAGAAGAGCUCAGGCACGUCAAGUCGUAGAAGUAGACGGUGCAAAGGAUGAUGAUGAGCACGUGGAAGAAGAACCUGAGGAAGAAGAAGAAGAAGAAGAUCAAGAAGACGUACCUGAGGAACAAGUAGAAGAAGAGACAGAUACAGUCGAACAAGCAGAAAAUGAUGACGGGGAAGAAAUAGAAGAAGAUGACGAUGAAGGACCUGAAAUUGAACUUGAAGAAGAUGAAGACGAAGAACCUGGAAUUGCAGAAGAUGACGAUGAAGACGAAGAUGAACAACCAAUAGCGGGUUCAGAGGUCGACGAUACAGAAGAGUCAAAAGAUGAGCCUAAGCCUGUAGUGAGAAGCAAAAUGUUGAUGAGUAUACUGGCAGAUGGCGUGCAACACAAGAAAGAACUUACCGCUGAAGAAAUACAACUACGAAGAGAAGAGAACUCUCGUAAAAGAAAGAAUUUAAAGGAGAAACGACUGGAAGAAGAGAAAAGAGACACAAUCAACAAGUUACUGAAGAGACGUGCUGGUAAAUACAAAGAACGUAACAAAGGUAAUGCAGGGUCUUCUGGAUCCACUGCAAAUGGCGCCAAGGCUAAUGACGACGAUGAUGAUGAUGAGAUGUCAGACUUCGUGAAACCAAGAAGACCUUACAGUUCGCAAGGUAUGAUACGGACAAUUCGCUCAACCGACGCAGACCUCUACUGUACCUUCUAA